GAAGUUACACAACGACACCACAUAAUUUAUGACACAACAAAUUGUGAAAGCUAGAAUUCAUGCACCUUUCAUACAGAUAAUGACACUUUGUCUACUCCUUAGUCGUCCUUGUUCAUCACGUUUUAAUUUUAAAGUUCUUAAGUACGUACCACAAAUAAUAAGACCUCAACAAACAUCUUAAACCAACCAACCACCUUCAUUAUCCACCUAAAAACUAAACUUUAGCAAGAGCUAAAUGGAAACAUUCGACGGCAUAAGACACCGGAAAGUUCAUGUGAAUGGCAUAAACAUGCAUGUAGCCGAGAAAGGAGUUAAGGGGGCACCUAUUGUACUCUUCCUUCAUGGUUUCCCUGAAUUAUGGUACUCUUGGAGGUACCAAAUCAUGGACCUCUCGGCUCUUGGUUACCAUGCCGUAGCCCCUGAUAUGAGGGGCUACGGCGAUACAGAUGCCCCUACAGAUUUCCAUAGCUACACUUACGGGCAUAUCGUUGGUGACUUGGUGGCUUUGAUUGAUGAGUUAGGGGUGGAGGAGGUUUUUGUGGUAGGCCAUGAUUGGGGUGCAAUGAUUGCUUGGUGGUUGUGCCUCUUUCGGCCUGAUCGCGUGAAGGCGGUGGUGAAUCUUAGUGUUGCUUUCUCUCCCCGGGAUCCUAAAGCCAAGCCAGUUGAUGCUCUUCGCGAUGCUUAUGGCGAUGACUAUUAUAUUUGCCGCUUUCAGAUAGCCACGGGGGCGGGGUGAGAAUCAAUCUCAGGAUCACUUGGAAUCGGAAGGGAAGCUCUAACACUCGAGCUAUCGCUCACUCUUUCGCCCAAUAACCACCAACCACCUUCGUACAACCGGCUACUUUUGCCCAGCCAACUCGCAACAACAACAACAUCCUCACUCCUAGCAUCGACCACUAAAUGCCACUAUCACAACCUCUCGUUACCACUGCCCAACUCGCAACAACUUCAAGCACCGCGGUUUCGGUUCCGGUAGUUUUGUGAGUGAGGUCGUUUCAAGGGAUAGGGAAUGGGAGGGUGGUCGUUUAAGGGUUGCAGUUAUUGGUGUGGGGGAGAAAGGGGAUGAGGCGGCGUGAGGGGGUAGGGGCUGGGUGAUUUUUUUUUUUUGUAAAAUGUUUUAUUUUAUUAUCUUUUUAAAAAAUUUGUACCAAUUCACUUGUGACACGUGACUUUUAAAAAAAUUAAAUAAAAAAUUUGCAUUCAAUCGGUCACCGGUCAUUGGGAUUAAAGAAAGCAAACAAUCCCCAAUGUUCAAGUUAUUUCAGAAUAAUCCAAAUAUGGGAUUAUUAGAAGAAAAUGAAAGGAAUGGUGUCCUUCGAACAAGUGUAUUAUUCCGUUAGUGGGUUCAGAAUUAUUA